CCAGCAGAAUACAAGGUUUUGCUGGACGGAACGUAGGCAGCAGGGAGGGCAGCACUGAGCAUGCAAUGAAAGGGAGAAUUGCAUAGUCAGUCAGGCACAAAAAAGUUCACUCCUAAAAGUUUUCUUCCCUUUCCAUAACUUCCUCAGAAGGCUGCGCUGGGCAGUUCCAUUGUGACCGCUUACAGACUAAGCCAAGGUCCCUGCCUAGAACAUUAAAUCACCUGCCGGAAAGGCCAGUUCUAAAGUGUACCUUUAAUCAACAACAGGGCCAUCAGAGCUCCUCGUGAGCCCGCUGCAGGUGCAAGACUACGUAGCACGAGUAUCCCCCUAACAAAACGUUUGACUGCCACAGCGCCUUAGGCAGCAGUCGGUAACUUCUGCUGCUGCUGAUGAGCACAGCUGCUUUUCAUUGGAACGACUGCAAUCUGUGAAGAAAAAGUGAUACCAAAGGACAGUGAAAUAACUUGACACCUGGAUGACUGGAAACAGCACACUUAAGGGUGCCAUAAUGCCUCACAGAAAAGAUGCUGAAAAUGCAGUGGAAUUGCUUAAUAAAUAUCAGUCCAGGUUAACUGCUCCAGAAGACCAACAGCUUAAAACUUCUAUUGGUAAAGUCUCAAGUGUCUUCCAGAGUGACCUUUUCCAGGCAUUACAAGAUAUUUUGGAAUGUUAUGAUGGAUUCUUGUCUGUCUACACAAAAGAUGAGCAGCAGACAGAAAAAGAAGAAAAAGAAGUCCAAAAGAAUCAGCAGGAGGAAGUGAACUGGAAUUCUACAACUAGAUUGGAUGAAGAGGACUGUGCAGUGGAGAAAUGUAAAUAUAAGUAUGAAGACAGCCUCAUUUCAGAGGAGAAGUUAACAGAGGAGUCUAAGCUGUAUCCAACACAGAAUGGAGAUCCACAGCUGAUACGAGUGAGAAAAUGGAGCACAGAGCAGAAAGCCACUGUUUAUUGUUUAGUUUCACAACUACGUAGCGCUGUUCCAAAGGCGAACCCUCCUCCCAUUCUCGUGAAUGCAGACUCUCUUGAAGGAGUUCCUUAUGUAAACGGCAGUGAUGGGAUGUACAAAUAUGAAGAAAUUGUCCUGGAAAGGGGCAAUUCUGGUUUGGGCUUCAGCAUCGCUGGAGGAAUUGAUAACCCUCAUGUUCCAGAUGACCCUGGGAUCUUCAUCACCAAAAUCAUUCCUGGUGGGGCUGCAGCUAUGGAUGGCAGACUUUGUGUCAAUGACUGUGUGCUGAGAGUGAAUGAAGUAGAUGUAUCUGAAGUUGUGCACAGUCGAGCAGUAGAGGCACUGAAAGAAGCAGGACCAGUUGUAAGACUGUUAGUGCGACGGAGACAGCCCCCACCUGAGACAAUCAUUGAAGUGAACCUGAUGAAGGGACCAAAGGGAUUGGGCUUUAGUAUUGCAGGGGGCAUUGGUAACCAACACAUUCCAGGUGACAACAGUAUCUACAUCACCAAAAUCAUUGAAGGGGGUGCAGCACAAAAAGAUGGAAGACUCCAAACAGGAGACAGACUAUUAGCUGUGAAUAAUAUAAACCUAAUGGAAGUGCGGCAUGAGGAGGCAGUUGCAGCACUGAAGAAUACCUCAGACAUGGUGUACCUGAAAGUAGCCAAACCUGGCCCAGUUCAUCCGAAUGACAUGUAUGCUCCACCCGACUAUGCCAGCACAUUUUCACCAAUGGCUGAUAACCAUGUUAGCCAUAACUCCAAUGUAGGUUUUAUUGGUGGAGUUGACAACAAACCAUCCUAUCCUCCACCUCCACAGGUGACACCCUCUAGAUAUUCUCCAAUUCCUCGACAUAUGAUGGGGGAUGAUGAUUUCACGAGGCCUGAACCUGUAUACAGUGUGGUGAACAGACACAACGCAGAUAAUAAACCUCCACCUCCUCCUUCCCCUAAAAUGUACAGCAAUGUAUCCCGGGAUGGGGGUUCAAGCCCUGUCCCCCCACGUAGAGGCUACCGCAGUUGGGGUUUGGAUGGUGACAUAAGCAGGGAACCACGGAAGAUCAUCCUGCACAAAGGUUCAACAGGGCUAGGGUUCAAUAUUGUUGGUGGAGAAGAUGGAGAAGGAAUCUUUGUCUCGUUUAUACUUGCUGGAGGGCCUGCAGACCUCAGUGGAGAACUACGGAGAGGAGACCGCAUCUUAUCUGUGAAUGGAGUUAAUCUUCGAAGUGCGACACAUGAGCAGGCAGCAGCAGCACUGAAGCGAGCAGGGCAGACCGUCACAAUUGUGGCACAGUAUCAGCCUGAAGAGUAUAGUCGCUUUGAAUCAAAAAUUCACGACCUCCGUGAGCAGAUGAUGAACAGCAGUAUGAGUUCAGGAUCUGGAUCACUUCGGACAAGUGAAAAGAGGUCUCUCUAUGUCCGAGCUCUGUUCGAUUAUGAUCGGACACGAGACAGCUGUCUUCCAAGUCAGGGUUUGAGUUUUUCUUAUGGCGACAUUCUACAUGUCAUUAAUGCAUCAGAUGAUGAGUGGUGGCAAGCACGCCUGGUAACACCUCAUGGAGAAAGCGAGCAAAUAGGAGUUAUUCCUAGUAAGAAACGUGUUGAAAAGAAAGAGCGAGCAAGGUUAAAAACUGUGAAGUUUCAUGCAAGAACAGGAAUGAUAGACUCCAACAGGUCAGUCAAAACAAGGCGUAAAAAGAGCUUCCUCCUCUCUCGAAAGUUCCCGUUUUACAAGAGCAAGGAAAACAUUGUACAGGAUGGCAUCGGCCAGGACCAAGGUGUGACAUCUAACACAAGCGACAGUGAAAGCAGCUCAAAAGGCCAAGAGGACACAAUUUUAUCGUAUGAGCCAGUUAUACGUCAAGAAAUACACUAUACCAGACCAGUUAUUAUCCUAGGACCUUUAAAAGAUCGAGUAAAUGAUGAUCUUAUCUCAGAAUUUCCACACAAAUUUGGAUCUUGUGUGCCACACACUACUAGGCCACGAAGAGAAACCGAGGUUGAUGGCCAAGAUUAUCACUUUGUUACUUCUCGAGAACAGAUGGAAAAGGAUAUCCAAGAUAACAAAUUUAUCGAGGCAGGGCAGUUUAACGACAAUCUAUAUGGGACGAGCAUUCAGUCUGUGCGGACAGUUGCUGAAAGAGUAAGUACACACUGA